AUGGAUAAGAUCAAGGAGAAGAUUGCUAACUUUAAGCUGGAGGCUGAGUCCUGGCAGGAGAAGUACGAGGAGUUGAAGGAGCAAUACAAACAGCUGGAACAGGACAACACCGAAAAGGAGAACCAGAUCAAGUCCCUGACCGUGAAGAACGAGAACCUGGAGACCGAGGUCGCGAAGCUGGAGGACCAAUUGAGCGAGUCCAAGCAGCUGGCCGAGAACUCGUCCACUUUGCAGUCCACGAACGAGAACUUCACGAAGAAGAACGAGCAGUUGGAGGCCGACCUCGAGGAAACGGACUCCAAACUGAAGGAGACGAUGGACAAGCUGCGUGACGCAGACCUUAAGGCCGAGGAGCUUGAAAGGAAACUGGCCGCCAUCGACGAGGAGAAGACACAACUCGAGGACAAGAACGAGGAGCUCGCGGCGCAGUACGCGGAGGCCAAGCAGGAACUCGACGACAUCGCCGCCUCCUUGGAAAAUUUGUGA